GGCCGUCUCCUCCCGUCAACUGUGGGUUAAAACGGCGUCUCUCCGCACUCAAAUGUAAAACACAGCCCCAUUGACACAUGCAUUUAAUACACUGUUUGUGGAGUACUACUCUUCCCGAUCUCCAGUCUCCUUCCCUGACACUCGGUCUGAGAAGGGGUCUCGCCCCGAAUCUUUCUCACCAGAGACGCUGUCUGGCCCGCUGUGUUUCUCCAGCAUUUUUCGUCUAUCCUCGGUGUAAACCAGUUCUUUCCGAGAUAUUUUAUCUGCUCCACUUCGAAAUCUCCUCAAGAAGUUGUAAGUGUGGGUAGAAAGCAGAAUCAAAAUGGCUUUGGAAGAACUGCAAGGGGUAAUCAAGAGAUGUCAAGGUUUACCCGAAACAGAGUUUAAAGAUGAAGAUCACAGUAUAUUUCAAUCAGCAGCCCGGCAGUGCCUGGAAGAUGGGCAUGCAGCUGAACUUUUGAAAAUUCUACAGGAUAAACAAAAUAAGGACUUUGUUAUCUGCAUGGGUUGGAAUCUCAUUGGACCUGUUGUCAAUUGUAUUUUAAGAGAUGAGCAACAGAUUGAGAACAGCGAAAUCUGCUCAAAAAUACUAGAUCGUGUUAUAGAGAUAAGUAACCCAAAGGAACUUCUAUUGGGUUUACUUGAACAGAUUGAGGAUGUUUUUGGAAAGAAUAUAUCUAAAGUUAUCUUACUUCUCCUGCAGCCACUUCAGGCAGUGCUACUAAAAAUGAAACAUAAAAAGACAUAUUCUGUGGGAUUGUCUCUUGCAACCAUUCAAAGGCAACUCUCUAAACUGCCUGUACCUAUUAAUGAUGAACAACGCAUACAGGAUGAACAUGAACUUUGCAAGUGUUGUACUGCUGUUAGCUCUUUUGUUAAACCAUUUGUGGAUGAAGUGACUCAAACAACAAAUUCCAAGAGAAAUCCUUCCAAUAAUGAGCUAAAGGAGGAGCUACUAAAAUUCUUUAUGAAAAUAUUGGAAUACCCAUUACUGACUGCACAAUUACAGCCAUUAACCAAAGGGAUUGAAGACAACUCAUUAAGAGCUUUUGCUGCUGAAAUUGUAGUUUACUUGGUGGCAAUUGGUGAAUCGCUUCCUGUGUUGAUGGUUCAUCCAUUGUUACAGUCCAGAAAGAAACUGCAAGAGAUAGACGCUCUGCAAGAAGAUAUAAAAUACCCGACAAAUUCAUUGGCAAGCCUGGCAUAUCUUUUAUUUGUUCAGCAUAUUGGUAUUGCUCAAUUUCCAGCUGUAUACAGCCCUCGGUAUCUACUACAAGUGAAUUUGGAAUAUAUAUCUGCAUUAAUAAGCAAGACAGAAGAGUCCAUGUUGUCUAAAGGAUUGGAAUUAUAUGAACAUUGUUUAUUAGCAAUUGAAGAUAACACUCUUUCCCACAACUAUUUGGAAAUCAAAAACAUUCUUGGUGUUCCACAGGAGUUAGUGAAAGUGAUGACAUUAUGUCCUUUCGAACAUAUGCGGAAAUGGAGCCUGAAGAUAUUCCAGCAAAACAUUGAUAAAUUUGAUUCGGAAGGAAAAUACAAAUUAUUUAGGUGUUUAUUGAAGACAACUCAUCAUGCUGGAGUACAAGGUUAUAUUAUACAAAAUAUUAAAAAUCAGAUUGAUCUAGCAUUGAAGGUCAGCAAUGGAAAUAUGUGGUUCUCAGGCCAACAACUGGUCCCUCUUCUUCACUUAGUCCUUUCACUUCCUGAAGGAGCUGAAACAGAUUUACUUCAAAACACAGACAGGAUCAUGGAAUCACUGAAUCUUCUGAGGUACCUUGUAAUCAGGGAUAAUGAAUGGGAGAAUCAAACUGGAUUAUGGACUGAUCUUUUCUGGAUUGAAAAGUUUCUGAAGCCACUGCGAACUGGCUUGAAUAUGUCCAAGGCGCAUUAUGAAGCAGAGAUCAGAAACAAAAAGGAUAAUCGGAAAAUUAAAGAUGCGUCUAAUCAUGAAACACGGUGUUCCUUGACAGUUGGUGGUAAAACGUUACCAAAAAUGACAAAUGCUAUGCAACUGGAGGUUCUGCAGUCAGCUCUCUACACAUUUGAUGUAAUGGAGAGUAUACAGGCCCGAAUAGAAGAGCUGAUGGAGUUAAAAAUGAAAUCCGGAACGGAGACAAAAAAUGUGAACAAUAGUGCAUUUUAGAUUUACAUGGGAAAAGUGUGGAGACUAUGCAAAUAUAAUGUUUGAUCAUUUAUUCCAAACAUACUGUUCUUCCCGGAGGGAUUCAUUUUGUAUGCUAUUAUUUAAGUUGUUCAAAUCAGUCUGUAUAUGAUUUUUUUCAAAUAUUUUUAUUGUGAAGCAGAUGCAGAUGUACUGAACAUGCUGUCCCAGAAAAAAAAUGACAAGAAAAAUCCCUCCAUUUUCAAUGUACUACUUUGGUUUCGAAUGAUUGUACCAUACAUUUGCGGUUAGCUAAAUCAGUGGGGACAUAAUUAAGAAAAAUGGCAGAUGAACUUUUAGAAAAUGCUUUUCAUGCAGUGUGUCAGUAUCAGUUAGGGGAGAAAAAUAUUUUUCUUACUCAAGUUAUUUCAAAAUACACUAAAAAGCAAUAAAAUAUGUAUAUAGUUCUCACCA